AUGGCGGUGCUCUCCAUUGUGUCGGCAUUCUUGUCCGGCGUUCAUGCACCCGGCAAAACCAUUUCAGAUGCGCCGUUGGCAACCGCGCAACGUCCAGUCUUCGAUGAAGCGGACGCGCAGGACAAAGAGGCUUCCGCUCCUGACACGUCCAUCAUGAGCCCAACCGAAUUGUCUCAUGUGGCAGAAGAUUCUGUCCCCUCCAUAGCUCAAGCAGCUGCUCAUCUGUUGCUAAUGGAAGCCAUGUGGGCGUGGAAGGAAAAGGCAACUAGUGGCGAGACUGCCACAAAAUUGCUUGCAUUGCUCUCGGCGGGCAGCGUAAGCCCGCAGUCAGGCAAUACGAGCGUUUCCAGUCCGUUGCUAGCUGGCCUUAUGGAGCUUUCAGUCCCUCGAUUCUACACGUGGUGGCACGCAGUCCACCAGAAACUAUCAAGGACAAUUCCCGAGGAAGGCUUCUUGGAGCUACCAGCCGAUCUAUUACCGCCUAUAGAUGUGAUGAUAAUCUGGCAUGCGUAUAUGCUACAGCCUGUUAUGUACGCAGACGACUGUUCUCGGCUGGACGUACCUCACAUGCGCCGCAUCCUUUUCCCCUGGCAGGCACUGGUUGAUGCAAUCGACAUCAAGACAACCAGAUACUGUAUACCUCCAGCUGCCAGAGAGUUCUUCGAAAAAACUUCCGGACAAUCAGCCGAUCUACUUGAAGAGCUUUGUAACGAAACGCAUCCGCUAGUCUACGAUCUAAACUGUCCAUAUUGCCAUGCUACCAAGAACUUACCAAUCAUACCUACCGCCCAGACCGAAGACAUCAAUCAGGGUUUCGAGCUUGAAUGCGACUGCGGCUACGCACCGUCCGUGGACGCCCUUCGCAGCGAUCUACUUCACCUGCGCCAAACCAGAGAGUCGCAACUUCGAGGAACAUAUUCGAACCCCGAUCUCGCUCAAGCAUUAUAUCCCCUAGCAAGAGCGUUACCAAUACAUAUCCUAGAAUCCAACACCAAACGCGAAACCUUCCUCCACGCUAUCCACACCGCAAGUUACGAAAGCAACACACCACAAUGGGCAGUAGAGACAAUGUUAUCGCUCUACAUACCAACAUCCCCCGUGACAAAGGCAUCAUCAGCCCAUUACUCCUCGGUGUUGCGCGGGAUGCGCUUCGUCGACGAGAUGCACAAGCAAUGCUGGCUGCGUUCACCAGCCCUCUGUGUUCGGUCAACAACCAGUCCAUCGGAACUCGUCGGUACUCUGCCGCGAGCACAGCAAAAAUAUCGCAACUUCUUGGAACUAGCUCACCCGUCAAAUAAUUUAUCUGUUACCCCAACAUCCGACGUGGAUCUGUUCUGGCACACGCACCAGCUGUCCCCAGGGCCGUACCGCCGCUUCUGUAUCCGACACGUAGGGAAGUUUAUGGACCAUAAUGAUAAAGUAGUCCAUGAGAACCUGACUGGUUCGUUUGAGGCUACACAGAAGGCGUACUGGGAAAGAUUCAAGGGGGAGUAUGAUGCUUGUCUUUGUUGGCCGUGCGAAAUAGAACGGAAUGAUCAAGAGGAUACUGUGUCUAGUGAUGGAGUCUCGUCGAAUCGACAGAGCUACCAGGACUGGGUUCGCCGAGUUAUUGUUGUGUUUUGGCAGGAAGUCGAGGCCCGGCGCGAAAAGGGACUGCCAGGCCUGGAAAGAAAGAGCCUAGAGGAAGUUCUGGCUAAGGGGCCUCACAGGCGAAGUUCCUUGGUUUCUCUUUCCUCUCUUAAAUCAUGGAUAUAA